GGUUCCCGGGCCGUGGCGCCAGGCCGGCUGCCUUCAGUACCUCUUUCAGUUUUAUUCACAUGUGAGAAGGAAGCAUGGAUCCUGUGGCUUUAGUGGAAGCCAUUGUGGAAGAAGUGACCUGUCCCAUCUGCAUGAACUUCCUGAGGGAACCCGUGAGCAUGGACUGUGGCCACACCUUCUGUCACAGCUGUGUCUCCGGACUCUGGGAGAUCCCAGGAGGAUCCCAAAACUGGAGUUACACUUGUCCCCUCUGUCAGGCUCCUGUGCAGCCAAGGAACCUGCGGCCUAAUUGGCAGUUGGCCAGUGUUGUAGAAAAAGUCCAUCUGCUAAGGACAUGUCCAGAAGUGGGGCUGAAGGGUGAUGUGUGCGAACUCCACAGGGAGCAGCUAAACAUGUUCUGCAAAGAGGAUGGCUUGAUGAUGUGUAAUGCUUGCAGCCAGUCCCCAGAGCACGAGGCCCAUAGUGUUGUGCCCAUGGAGAAUGUCGCCUGGAAGUAUAAGUGGAAACUCCGUGAGGCUCUGGAACAUCUGAGAAAAGAACAAAAGGAAGCCUGGAAGCUAGAAAUUAGUGAGAGGAAACGAACUGCCAACUGGAAGAUGCAGGUGGAAAUCCAAAAGCAGAAUAUCAUAUGGGAAUUUGAGAAAUAUAAGAAAUUACUAGAGAAAAACCAGCCACCAGGUCGGCAGCUGGAAGUAGAGGCAGCCACAGCUCUGGCCAGCCUAGAGCAAGAGGAGGGGGAGACUGCACGUAAACUCGAGUUGAGUCAUGAUAAGCACAUCCAGCAGAGCCAAGUUCUGUGGAAGAUGAUUGCAGAGCUGGAGGAAAGGUCUCAGAAACCUGCCCGCUGGAUGCUGCAGGGUAUUCAGGAAGUCUUAAACAGGAGCAAGUCUUGGAGCCUGCAGCGGCCAGAACCAAUCUCCCUGGAGCUGAAGACAGAUUGUCGCGUGCUGGGGCUAAGAGCGAUCUUGAUGACCUAUGCAGCCGAUGUGCGUCUGGAUCCAGAUACAGCUUACUCCCGCCUCAUUGUGUCAGAGGACAGAAAAUGCGUGCACUAUGGAGACACUCAGCAGAAACUGCCUGACAAUCCCGAGAGAUUUUACCGCUAUAAUAUCAUUCUGGGUAGCCAGUGCAUCUCCUCAGGCCGGCACUACUGGGAAGUAGAGGUGGGAGACAGAACUGAAUGGGGUCUGGGAGUGUGUAAGGAAAACAUAGACCGGAAGGAAGUGGUCUAUUUAUCCCCCUACUAUGGAUUCUGGGUGAUAAGGCUGAGGAAGGGAACUGAGUACCGCGCAGGCGCUGAUGAAUACCCACUCCUGUCCUUGCCAGUCCCUCCACGCCCAGUGGGAAUCUUCCUAGAUUUUGAGGCUCAUGAUAUUUCCUUCUACAACGUGACUGAUGAUGGUUCCCACAUUUUCACUUUCCCCCACUGUCCCUUCCCUGGGCGCCUCCUGCCCUAUUUUAGUCCUUGCUAUAGCAUUGGCACUAACAACACUGCUCCUCUGAUCAUCUGCUCUCUGGAUAGGGAAGACUAGGAGAACCACCAUCCUAACCAGAACCCUUGGAAUUUAGCCUUGCACAUAGGACAGAGAGGACCCUGCCACUGAUAAGUGGCCCCUUGAAUCAAGCCUAGAAUCCAGAAAUUCUUCUGCCUAUUCUCUUGCUACUAGGCCAAAACCUGUCACUGAACCACUAGUGUAAGAAAGCAGGGCCCCAGUGAAAGGAGCACUGCACCCCAUGAGAAUAAGUGGCAGGGCUAUCCUGAGGCACCUGACUGUGUAAGCAUCCUUUAGGCAGGAAGGUGCCCAUGCCAUUGGCACAUAGUAGUAUAUUGUGCAUUUGGUAAUAUGUGUUUGUUUCUGGAUUUGAAUGGGAACUGUAACCUCAGGGUAGAAAAUAAAGAAAAAGAAAAAAGUGUAAAAUCUGGAUCUUUUGAUGUCACCAAGGGACUAUUUACAGUUCUUGUAACUACAUAAUAUUUUCUUGCCUUUCUCUUGUCUGAAUCUGUAGGUAAGGGACAUAUGAAAAGAAAGAAUAGUACUAUACAUAGAAAACCAGUUUGGAAGUUAUAUAUUAUAAUGAAAGGGAACCAAGACUACAUACAGAACUAUUAUCCUUAGAAUGAUUAUUGUGUCAAGGAACACUUACAAAGGUAAUUCAAUGCAAGUCAUAAAAGUAUGUUGUAGUAGUAAUCAUGACUAAAAACAAACUUCAAGUCAAGUGCAUAAAAAUUAUUGGCUCUUUCAUGAAGCCUUGAGUUCAAACCCCAGUCCCACAAAAAAUUAUUGGUCUACCUACUGUGGGGGGCAAAUUGCAUGCAGGCCCCAUAGUCCCAUAUAACACAACCUCUGGUGAAGUUUAUGCUUGAAGGGUGAUUGUUAGCUUAAAAGUGGGAACAACAUAGAUUCUAGGUUAGGUAUGCACAGAUGCAAAGUGGUUUCUAAUUGGCUGUAAUAAGGAAUAUUAAAAAUUGUCCUAUUCAAAUUUUAUUCACUGUUUACAUAAGAAGGAGAUAAAACAAGCCAAAGUAGAAAAAUAAACUCAUUGUGUCCACCAUGCCUCCAGGUUGCUUCUUGAGAAUUAGUAGUAGAAGGAGAGACAUUUCUAUCAGCUACUUGGAGGGGAAUGAGCUGAUAAUUCAAAGACCUGCUCCUGGCAAAGGGAUGAGCUGACUCACAUCACAAGGACCAUGAGUCUUUGUGUGGGGGCUCGUUGGGAAAUAGAGUUAAGAAAUACAUCAUUAGGAAGCACUUUCAGACACUUGGCAGAAGAGAAUGGAGGGUAAAUCAGUGUUCCUACUUUACUAUGAUCUUAUUAGGACAAAUCUUGGAAGAUUCCUAGACAAAGGAUUCAUUCAUUGAAAUUCAUUCAAACUCAGAAUACAUUAAGGAGUUAAAUGGACUCAAAUGUAAUAUACUAUUUGGGGUUUGUUUACAAUUUAUUAGCAGAUUUGAGUGCUGCAAUUUUAUGUUAGAAGAAUUACAAGGUUAAAUAGUGCCAUUUUCAUAUCAUCUAGUUUUUUGACAGCACAGGGUUUGAACUCAGGGCCUCACUUGACCCAUGCUCCAAGCUCUACUAUCAUCUGAUCUUUAAGACCAGGUAAGAAGAUUGAAGUUCAUGUAUUCAAGCAUCAAGGGAUGCUUGUACUUCCCUUCUAGGAACUUAAGGAAGCCAAGGCUUUUAUUUGUGUGGUUUACCCUUGUAGAUCAGUGUAGUACUCUGUGUGUGUGUGUGUGUUAAAUAUUUAAGUAGUUAAGUGAGAGAGCAUUCAUUCAAAUGCCUAGGAUCAAAACAGAAGUAACUUUUUUCUGCAUCAGAGGGGUAGUAAAAAUUAGAUGGUACUGAAUUAUACCUCUUUCAAGAAUUAUUUUGAUGCAUAGCUUCUUUCAUUGUGACUUUCAAAAGUGGUCCAAACCAGUAGAAGGUAAAUGCAGUAGUUAUGCUGAAGGUAAAGUGCUCAUAGUGCUCCCUGGAAUGCCCAGGGUGACAUCUCCAACUUGGCACGACCAGUCCUAGAAGGAAGGGUCCAGCUUUGCCUAACCUUGCUUUACUAACGAAGGACCUGGGGAAUGCAAUAAGUGAACUUUGAGGGGAUAACUAAAGGGUAAAAUGGUUGCGUCCUGAAAAAGGACAUGGGCAAAUCCUUGGUUUGAAAUUCCCCCUAGGAAAUAGUAUACUUUUGGUCAUUCUUUCUUUUUUUUUUAAUUUUUAUUUUAUUCAUAUGUGCAUACAAUG